AUGAGUAUAACGUUGUCUAAAGAAAUAAAAAAAUUCUAUGGGUUGCGCAACAGGCUGAAACAAAUUAUUGCUGACACUAAAAGGUGUUAUGAAGACAUCAACAUCUCGGGUCGCUUUGAGGGAACACAGCUUAUCAACACUCACCUGCAACCUGAGGAGGAGUUUGAAAUAACAUCUGUUGUUAAACAUCCGCCAACAGUAAUCAUUUUUGGUCAAACCACAUAUGCAAAAUCUCGCAUUGUCAAUGAACUUCUCAGUAGAAACAUCUUCCCAGUAUUGGAUAAAAAUUUGAUUGCCAAACUUCGAUUGGUCAGAAUUGUUCAUGGCACAUCUAAUACAUUUGGUUGUUUGCAGCCGGGAGAUAAUACCCAACCACACAACCCAGAAACCAACAGUGAAUUUCAAAAUAUGUUGGAACUCUCACAUUUAGAAAUUCAUGAAACAGACAGACUGAAGAAAAGCAGCUUUGUGGAGUUGAAGGUGACACAGAAUCAUCAACUGCUGAAGUCUGGCGUGCAGAUUGUGGUUUCUCCAUCUUGUGAGGAAGAUCAGGUUGAGGACGCAGUCAGAGCAUGUUUAGAGAAUGCCACACCAAUAAUUAUUUAUGGUUUUGCUAGUGAUAUACUCACUGAAGAG